GGCUUCAAUACAUUGCGACGACUCUGUGACUCUCAUUCUGCCUCCUCUCUGUCCAUAAAGCAGUGCUGUAGAGAUACGCUCCAUACUCCGCAAACAUGGCGCCACAGCUGGGCGUUCAGCCAUCGCUUGACACCAUUCGAGAGGUAUUGGCUGCAGCAGUCAAGUCGCCCAACCCACCAAACCUCGUACCCGUAUUCUCCUCGAUUCCCGCCGAGUUCUUGACUGCCUCCAGCAUAUACCUGAAGAUAUCCGCAAAAUCAGAGUCAAAACUCUCGUUCCUUUUCGAGAGCGCUGCAACAACCGAGACCAUAGGCCGGUACAGCUUCAUUGGCGCAGACCCUCGCAAAGUCAUCAAGACCGGUACCGGCCAUGGCGAAGAGACCGACCCACUACCCCUCCUCGAGAAGGAGCUUGCGAAGAGCCGCGUCGCGACCGUACCCUCAAUACAACUACCGCCCAUGACCGGCGGUGCUGUCGGAUAUGUUGGCUAUGAUUGCGUCAAAUACUUCGAGCCCAAGACAAGGAGAGAUGAUAUGAAGGACGUGUUGGGCGUACCGGAGAGCUUCUUCAUGCUCUACGAUACACUGGUGGCUCUGGACCAUUUCGCACAGGUUGUAAAGGUCAUAACAUACGUCAAGGUACCAGACAGCAUGGACGACUUGGAACAAGCGUACGAGGAAGCGAAGAGUACGCUAAACAAAUACGUGACAAUACUCAAAGGCAAGGACAUUCCGCUACCAGAACAAGGGCCUAUUCAGCUUGGUAACCAAUACACGUCCAACAUUGGACAGGACGGGUAUGAGAACCAUGUCAAGGAACUGAAGAAGCAUAUCAGCGUUGGCGACAUCAUCCAGGCGGUACCAUCUCAACGGUUUGCAAGACCGACAUCAUUGCAUCCUUUCAACGUAUACCGGAACCUGCGAAACGUCAACCCGUCGCCGUACCUAUUCUAUGUCGAUUGUGACGAUUUCCAAAUAGUGGGGGCAAGUCCCGAGCUGCUGGUAAAAGAGGAGCAGGGUCGCAUCAUCACUCAUCCCAUUGCUGGCACCGUCAAGCGGGGCAAGACACUGCAAGAAGACGCAGCGCUCGCGGAAGAAUUGUCCAACUCUCUCAAGGAUCGGGCCGAACAUGUCAUGUUGGUCGACUUGGCUCGCAAUGACGUCAAUCGCGUAUGCGACCCACUUUCGACACGAGUUGACAAGCUAAUGGUAGUCCAAAAGUUUUCACACGUGCAGCACCUGGUCUCGGAGGUCUCAGGGGUGUUGCGACCUGGCAAGACGCGAUUCGACGCGUUCCGCUCAAUCUUCCCCGCCGGAACGGUGAGCGGUGCGCCCAAGGUGCGCGCCAUGGAGCUCAUUGCCGAGCUUGAGCGGGAAAAGCGCGGUGUGUAUGCUGGCGCGGUGGGAUACUUUGGCUACGGCUCUAUUGAUGGCGACAAGGAGAUUGAAGGUGCCAUGGACACAUGCAUUGCACUAAGAACCAUGCUUGUCAAAGACGGCAUCGCGUAUCUCCAAGCAGGGGGCGGCAUAGUUUUUGAUUCGGACCCUUACGACGAGUGGAUGGAGACGAUCAAUAAGUUAGGCGCGAACACGCACUGCAUCACUUCAGCUGAAGAGAAGCAUCUGGCCGAGCAGCAGGACAGCGCCGACGAUGGCGAAAAGAACGCGUCGACGCUCGAGGGCGAUGCAAAGACGCGCAUUUCUCUUGCGGCUUGAUUGUCAGACUGCUGCGCCAUGCGCCACGAUUGAUAUCUGCCGUAGGGUGGUUGGUGAUUGGCAGCGAUUGGUACGUCUUGACCCGGUGAAAGCGAUCUAUGGGCCUGGAUCUCACAAGCUCCCCUGCCACUCGUGGGGAAGCGAGAUUCAUGGGUUCGCGGUAGAGUUAUGAAACUGAAAUGAGAGGGCGGGUAUGCAUUACUGGCGGCAGACGCUACCACGACGUCACGAGCGAGUGGUGGUGCUUGAAUACAAACAAGAUUUGAUUAAUUUUGCAGCCCGUCACACCAGCGCAAGGGGACAUGUAGACGGCUUGAUGCUGUGUGAAAAGCGUGCCUGUGUGCGCCGGUGAGGAGCCAUGACGAGUGUGACGGAGCAGAUACCACCGUCUGUGCGAUUUGCAACGACAAACUGGUUCGACAUGUGAGUUGUACAUGCAGGUUCGGAUAUCGGCCGCUUGGGCGUGGUUGGCAUGGCU